UCCCUGGCAACUCAAGCAGCCACCAAUUGCAGCCAAGGAUUGGCGGUCACGUGGCCUUUGCCCUUUCCCUAGCGGAGACAACAUGGCGGCUACGGCGAGCCAUUGCUGCGAGGUUUGAAUUAACACUACUAGUAACUACUGCAUCCUUGAUGAUGGCGUCUCCGGUUUCGUAUGGUUCCCGUCAGAGCCCAGAUGAGCUCCCUGGAGACCAUUCUUCACAAGAAGAUGAGGAUUGCGAUUAUGAAGAUCGGGUCAACGACUCGGGUUCAUAUUCCUCAACCAGUAGUGAUUAUGAUGAUGUUGAACCUGAAUGGCUGGACAGUGUGCGGAAAAAUGGAGAAUUAUUUUAUUUGGAAUUGAGUGAGGAUGAAGAAGAAAGCCUUCUUCCUGAGACUCCUACUGUGAACCAUGUCAGGUUUAGUGAAAAUGAGAUUAUAAUUGAAGAGGAUGAUUACAAAGAAGGAAAAAAGUAUGAACCUAAACUCAAGCGGUUUACGAAAAUUUUAAAAAGUAAAAGCCUUUUACCCAAGCGCUACAAUAAAAAAAAUAGCAAUGACAAUGAACCAGUGUCCAUUCUAAAGCAUCAGUCCAACCAGAAAACAGGAGUGGUUGUCCAACAGCGAUACAAAGACGUGAAUAUUUAUGUAAACCCCAAAAAGUUAACUGUGACCAAAGCCAAAGAGCAGCUGAAGCUUCUGGAAGUACUGGUUGGGAUUAUUCAUCAGACCAAGUGGAGCUGGAAAAAAACUGGAAAACAGGGCAGUGGAGAGAGACUUGUGGUCCAUGGCCUGUUGCCAGGAGGAUCUGCUAUGAAGAGUGGUCAGAUAUUAAUUGGUGAUGUCCUUGUUGCUGUGAAUGACGUGGAUGUGACUUCUGAAAACAUAGAAAGGGUUCUGUCUUGCAUUCCUGGACCCAUGCAGGUAAAACUGACAUUUGAGAAUGCAUAUGCUGUGAAAAAGGAAACAACUCAACCAAAACAGAAAAAGACACAGUCGAACACAAGUGAUUUAGUCAAACUUCUGUGGGGAGAAGAGGUUGAAGGGAUCCAGCAAAAUAUCCUAAACACUCCUCAUAUCAUUAUGUAUCUCACACUACAGCUUGACUCGGAAACAUCAAAGGAAGAGCAGGAAAUUCUUUAUCAUUAUCCAGUUUCUGAUGCAUCUCAGAAACUGAAAAGUGUGAGAGGGAUAUUUCUCACACUCUGUGACAUGUUGGAAAAUGUAACUGGGACUCAAGUUACUAGCUCAUCCCUUCUUUUAAAUGGGAAACAAAUCCAUGUGGCUUAUUGGAAAGAAUCUGACAAGUUGUUGUUAAUUGGCCUGCCUGCUGAAGAAGUUCCUCUCCCUCAGCUAAGGAGUAUGAUAAAAGAUGUUGCCCAAACCUUAACAUUUAUGUAUGGUUCUUUAGAUAGCUGUUGUUUCUUCAGUGCCUUUUGCCAGGUUGAGAAUGUUCCUCGUCUGGAUCAUUUUUUCAUCUUGUUCUUUCAAAGAGCACUUCAGCCUACUAAACUGCAUUCCAGUGCCAGUUUGUACGCACAACAAUAUGAUGCUUCCAGUGCAGUGCUUUUAGACAGUCUCCCCGGAGUUCGGUGGCUCACACUUCCACAGGAAAUCAAGAUGGAACUAGACACAGCAUUGAGUGACUUAGAGUCUGCAGAUUUUGCUGAACUGUCUGAGGACUACUAUGACAUGAGGCGGCUGUAUACAAUUUUAGGAUCUUCUCUAUUUUACAAGGGUUAUUUGAUCUGCAGUCAUUUGCCUAAGGAUGACCUUAUUGAUAUUGCCAUAUACUGUCGCCACUAUUGCCUACUGCCGUUAGCAGCAAAACAAAGAAUUGGUCAGUUGGUUAUAUGGAGAGAAGUGUUUCCUCAACAUCACCUCCAACCUUCUACAGACUCAAACACUGAAGUCUUUCAGGAACCUGAAGGAAGAUAUUUUUUGCUAAUUGUUGGCUUGAAGCAUUAUAUGUUAUGUGUACUAUUAGAAGCUGGAGGCUGUGCAUCCAAAGCUAUUGGGAAUCCUGGACCAGACUGUAUAUAUGUGGAUCAGGUCAAAACAACUCUUCACCAGCUGGAAGGAAUAGAUUGUCGCAUAAAUGAACGGCUAACAUCUCCAAGCCCCUGUUUGUCUUGUGCUGACUGGUUCCUUACUGGAUCACAUGAAAAAUUAGAUAGUUUGACAACCUCACCUAUUCUCAGUAAGCUUCCAGGUACUUCCAAAGUAGCAACCUCUCCAACAUGCAGAAGAAUUCUUUUUGGUGACUAUUCCUUAAAGACACGUAAGCCCAGUCCUUCCCAAAGCAGUGGAGGAUCUGACAAUGGUUGUGAAGGUGGAGAAGGUAUUCACCUGAGUCCCCACUCUACACCAGAUACAGUACGGAAACAACAAAGAGAACCUCAGGGCUCUGAUGGUUCAGAAGAAAGUGGGGCCUUGCUUAAGGUCACUAAAUGGAAGUCUGCUCUUCCAAAUCCAUUUCAUUUGGGGAACUUGAAAAAGGACUUUUCAGAUAAAGAACUGGCAAUAUAUAACACAAUGAAAUUGACAUCUGGUCCUGAGAACACACUUUUCCACUAUGUUGCCUUAGAAACUGUGCAAGGGAUCUUUAUUACUCCUACCCAUGAAGAAGUGGCACAGCUAAGUGGCUCUAUCCACCCUCAACUAAUAAAGAAUUUCCAUCAGUGUUGUCUCUCCAUUCGUGCAAUUUUCCAACAGACAUUGGUAGAAGAGAAAAAGAAAGCACUAAAUGGUGAAGAUCAUUCAGGUUCUACAAAUUCAGUAUCUUCUCUUCACCCUGUGAAAGAACAUGGUGUGUUGUUUGAAUGCUCACCUGAAAAGUGGACAGAUCAGAGAAAAACACCACCAGUUAUGGCUUACUGGGUAGUAGGGAGACUCUUUCUUCGUCCCAAACUUCAAGAACUUUACGUCUGUUUUCAUGAUUCAGUCACAGAAAUUGCCAUAGAAAUGGCUUUUAAAUUGUUCUUUGGAUUAACCUUGUAGCUGUGUUUUCUUAAUGCAUAGCAACUAUGCAUGGAACAUUGAACAGUGUUAGGAUUGCUGAAAACAUACACAAGAAGAUAAGGUUUAGCUUCUUUUAACUGUUCAGUUUUGAACAUAAUAAUGUUAAAUAUUGAGAUGAUAUGCUCUUGGGUUUGAUGCACUAAAUCUUACGUAGUAUUGUCAGACUUUUGAAAAGAUACUUGAUCAAAAUAAGAAGGGAUUUUUAACUUAUUUCCAUUUUUGUAUGUAAUGUUAAUUUAUUGACUAGUUUGAAAUAAUGUGAAGUUUUAUAUAAAAUUAAUAGAGGAAAUAUUUAUCUUGAGGAACUAUUUAUCUUGGAAAAAUACACAGUUCAUAAGUAAAUUCACUUGUGUAUUUUUCUUAAGACUAAUGAGGAUAUCUGGUGAAAGAAUCACAAAACUGGAGGAUGUGACCAGGUCCUGUAACUAAUUAGUGCUGUGACCAUGAACAAGUUUUUGUACCUCUCUGAGCUCAGAAUCUUCAUGUAUAAAUGAGAUGACUGCAUUGAGACUUCUAAAGUCCCUCUUAAGUAACAUGUGCAAUUUUUUUCUUCUUGCCUACUCAUCAGUAUCUAAAUUUGUAAUGUCCAAGUACUGACUCCUUAUUAGAUCAAAUACUUUUCUUUAGUUUAAGUGCUUUAAUAGAUACCUCACUGUGGGGUAGAAGAACUAAGGAAUGAAAAUUAAACUUUUUUCUCUAUUUAUUUGAUUCUCUUUACUCUUUCAGAUCAGCUCUGUUUUGUCCAGAAUAUAGUUUUUAAACUAUUUAGUGUCCAUAAACUCUUAUUAUUUUUCUUUUUGUUGAAAUAUAUUCAGGUAUGCACACACAUUUUAUAUAGUUCAUGAAUUUCAAGACAGCUGUAUGUAAAUCUUUUUAUGAACCUAAUCAUGUUAAAAAACACUGAAAAACUUGGAUUAAAGUAAUCCUAUGGUGA